AGACAAGUCUAUCAAAUCGUCGCACUUACUGUCAACUUGGGAAGACUGUGUUGCUAGUCUAGAGGACAUUCCCAUUGAUAUUACGUUACGCUCAGCCAAUCUCCUGGUCCAAUCCGAAUUCGAAUAGGGCCCGAGGCCGGAAGCGCAGGCAAAAUGCAGGCCCCAGUGGUUGUUAUGAAUACGGGGAGCGGUGAGAGACAGGUCGGACGCAAGGCUCAGAUGUCAAACAUAACGGCUGCAAAGACUGUUGCGGAUAUCAUAAGAUCAUGUCUCGGACCCAAAGCAAUGUUGAAAAUGCUCCUCGACCCGAUGGGAGGCAUUGUUUUGACCAACGACGGCCACGCCAUCCUGCGGGAAAUCGAAGUUGCCCACCCCGCGGCAAAAAGCAUGAUUGAAUUGAGCAGAACUCAGGAUGAAGAAGUUGGGGAUGGUACGACCACGGUAAUCAUAUUGGCCGGAGAGAUGCUUGCGCAAGCCAUACCACAACUGGAGCGGAAUAUCCAUCCUGUCGUGAUCAUCCAAGCCUUCAAGAAAGCCCUCACCGACGCCCUGGCGAUCGUGGAAGAAAUUUCGGUACCGGUCGAUACGUCCAACGACAAGUCCAUGAUCUCUCUGAUCGAGUCCUCCAUCGGGACGAAGACCAUCUCCCGCCACUCCGAACUGAUGUGCUCUUUAGCCCUGAAAGCAGUCCGAACCGUAUCACAAGAUCAAUCCUUCUUUUCCAGUAGUGUCCAAUUAAACGGCACCAACAAACCUUCCGCCACCACCACUAACACCACACACUCCCAAGAAGUCGACAUCAAGAGAUACGCGCGUGUUGAGAAGAUCCCUGGAGGCGAGAUUGAAGACUCGAGAGUAUUAGACGGAGUUAUGCUGAACAAGGACAUCACACACGCUUCCAUGAAGAGGAGGAUAGAGAACCCAAGGAUCGUUCUGCUGGAUUGUACGCUGGAGUACAAGAAGGGAGAGUCGCAAACAAACGUCGAAAUCACAGAUGAGGAUUCGUGGAACAAGAUCUUGCAGAUUGAAGAAGAGCAAGUAAAGAAGAUGUGCGAAGCCAUCCUGGCAGUCAAGCCCACCCUGGUCAUCACGGAGAAGGGAGUGUCAGACCUGGCCCAGCACUACUUCGUCAAGGCCGGCGUAACGGCGCUGCGACGAGUACGGAAAACAGACAACAACCGUAUCGCGCGGGCCACGGGAGCCACCAUCGUCAACCGAGUCGAUGAUCUUCAAGAGUCAGACGUAGGCACAGGUUGUGGCCUGUUUGAGAUUGAAAAGAUCGGCGACGAAUAUUUCACAUUCCUCACAAAGUGCAAAAACCCCAAAGCCUGCACGAUCCUCCUCCGUGGACCUUCAAAGGACAUCUUGAACGAAAUCGAGCGAAACCUGCAAGACGCCAUGUCCGUCGCACGGAACGUCAUGUUCCACCCUCGACUGUCCCCCGGAGGUGGCGCCACGGAAAUGGCCGUGUCGGUGCGGCUGGCGCAAAAGUCCAAGUCCGUCGAGGGCGUCAUGCAGUGGCCGUACAGGGCCGUGGCGGAGGCCAUGGAGGUCAUCCCCCGGACGCUGAUCCAGAACGCCGGAGCCAGUCCGAUCCGCAUACUCACACAACUGCGCGCCAAGCACGCCGAGGGGAAAUCCACGUUCGGCAUCGACGGCGACACCGGGAACGUGGUGGACAUGAAGGAGUACGGCGUGUGGGAGCCACAGGCGGUCAAGACUCAGAGCAUCAAGACGGCCGUGGAGAGUGCGUGUCUGUUACUGCGUGUGGAUGACAUCUGUAGUGCGAAGAGCGCCCAACAAGCGGGUGGAAACGGUCUCUCUGCAGGCGCUGGCGGUGAGGAUUAAAAAUAGAGUCGGAGGAGUCAUUGAGAUUUGUACGAAUACAGGUAAACCCAAAUGCCAUGACUUGACUUGACCUGACUUGUAUCUUCUUUUUGGUUGACAAUAAACGGCACGACUCUGUGUGAUCAUCCUUACAUAAGGAGAGGUGUGUGCAAUGUAUGUUUCAUGAUGGAAAACAUAGAUGACGUCGAAAAAGAAAAGCCAGAAAAGAUUAGAGUAGCACAGUCUUACAGAGUAUAACAAGACUGUAUACAUCGUUUCCUUUUUCAAGGGGAAAAAGAAAAA